UGGGACAAAUAAGAAGACAUCUUCGGAGAUAUUAUUAAUUUAAUUUAAUGAGUUAAUUAAUCUAUUUAUUGGACAUUAACUGAUUAACUGCAAUAAAAGAAAAAACAAUUAAUACCCUCUCCAUGGCGGUGAGCUAGAGAGAUCUUCGAAUCAAGGUGUUGGUGGUGUUGGUGAUAAUGUUACCGGAGAGAAGAAGCACGGUUGCUUCUUCUUCUUCUUACCAGAACAACCCUUCUGGUCAGAAUGAUAAUUCGUUUAUACUUCUUAGAAGAGGAAAGAAGUUUGGUAGGAUAGGGAAGUUGAAGCUCUCACACUUGUUCUUCUUCUUCGUCUCCCUUUUCUUCUUCUCUUGCCUCUUCUCUGGCCAUAAACUUCUCUUUCAUGGUUCUGAGUUGUUACCACACUCUCAGAGAAGCAACAAUCACUUGAAAACUCAUCUCUUCACGUCAACGGAGCUUGGUAUAGGAUUAAACUCAUCCCACAUCCAAAAACCACCAGGAAGCAAGAAGAGAAACAAACAUUUGCCUUGUGAAGUUCCACUUGCUGAAUCUGUUAAUCACAUACUUGAGCCUCACGAGUAUCUAGACUCCAAGCCCUUUUCUUUAGGCUUUCUAGAGACAGAGACAUAUGAUAAACCUAGAUUUGGAGGACACCAAACACUCAAGGAAAGAGAGAGGUCUUACUCUGCCAUAAACCAGACAAUUCACUGUGGUUUCGUCAAAGGAAGUAAUGGACUUCAUCAUCAAGGCAGUAGUGGAUUUGAUCUGAGCGAGAAGGACAGAGCUUACAUGAAGAACUGUGUUGUCUCUGUGUCUUCUUGCAUUUUCGGAAGCUCUGAUUUUCUAAGAAGACCUGCUACCAAAAAGAUCAGUGAGUUCUCGAAGCGAAACGUUUGUUUUGUGAUGUUCGUUGACGAGCAAACACUGUCAAAACUAGCUAGCGAAGGUCAUGUUCCGGACAAGCAAGGCUUUGUUGGUCUGUGGAAACUUGUGGUAGUUAGCAAUUUGCCUUACACUGACAUGAGGAAGACAGGGAAAGUUCCCAAGUUUCUGUCUCACCGCCUUUUCCCUUCUUCUAGGUAUUCGAUUUGGAUAGACAGUAAGAUGAGACUCACCACAGAUCCUAUCCUGAUCAUUGACUUCUUCUUGUGGAGAACAAAGUCAGAGUUUGCCAUCUCUAACCAUUACGACCGGCACUGUGUUUGGGAUGAGGUGUUACAGAACAAACGGCUCAACAAGUACAACCAUACAGCUAUUGAUGAGCAGUUUAUGUUCUACAGAUCAGAUGGACUCAAGAAGUUUAACCCUUCGGAUCCUAACUCUCCUCUUCCGAGCUAUGUACCUGAAGGUUCUUUUAUUGUAAGGGCUCAUACGCCAAUGUCAAACCUCUUCUCGUGUCUUUGGUUCAAUGAAGUCGAUCGGUUUACGUCACGAGAUCAGUUGAGUUUUGCGUACACGUACCUUAAGCUUCAGAGACUCAAUCCUGAUAGACCAUUACGCCUGAACAUGUUCAAGGAUUGUGAGCGUCGAGCAUUGACUAAACUAUUCCACCAUCGCGUAGAGUCAUCACCUCCUUCGCCUCCUGCUUGAUUGCUUUUAAGUAAAAAGAUAGUUUUUCUACAUAUGUGUUGUGUUCAUAAAACUAUUAAAAGUACCAAUAUUUUUGUCUACUUUUUUAACCUCAUUUUGUCUCCUUUCCAAAGGAAUGAACUUUAGAAAUUAGAGAUCAGGCUUGCAUCGCCCCUUAGAUUGAAAACAACUCAGAAAUAUACAAAACCAUAAGUUAGCCGUUGUAAGUUCUUUUUUUUUUUUGCCUUUUGGCUGUGUUUGAGAUUAAAACAUGAUUUGUUUGUUGACUAUUUUAUCAGUUUCAUUCCUUUUAAGGUGCA